AUGUCCCUGGUGCAAUAUUCCGACUCUGAGUCAGAUGCAGACCAGCCUGCAUCACCUCCCGCCAAGAAACCCCGCUAUGAAGCUAAAGCUCCCACUACUGGGAGCCUAGUACUGCCCCCAUUACCACCAGCUUUCCACGACCUCUAUGCCUCAAGCACGCGCGUCAGUGUAAAAGACGAUCCGAGCCUCCAUGGCGGCCGGAAACGCGUCAUACCCCAUGUGGAAGGCAACUGGCCCACACACGUCUAUGUGGAAUGGUACCCGGCUAAGAAUGAACUUGCACUCCUUGCAGAGCUCAUAGCUCGCGCUCAGUGUCCGGUAGACCUGUCCGAUGACAUUGACAGCGAUGUUGCUGGUAGCGCUAGUACCCCGCGCCUGCACAGCCUUUUGCAUAGUGAUCUGGGCGCCCAGCUCCCGCUGCACAUCAGCUUAUCAGCCCCCGUGGUACUACGUACCGAGCAGCGUGCCUCGUUCACCGAGGCCCUGACAAAGGGUAUACGGGACUCGCAUAUUCCACCCUUCACCGUCACCCCAGACGCUCUAAAAUGGGUAUCCAAUUACGAGCGCACGCGCUGGUUCCUAGUCCUCCACGUUGCGCGCCCAGUAUCCGAUGGUCUAAAUCGUUUACUUGCACUGUCGAACCGAGCUCUGGCUGUCUUUGACCAGCCGGCGCUUUAUGCGUCCUCGUCAUCGCGUGAUGCUCGCCGGAACCGUGCGCUGGGUGCGCAUGAUCGGGGACUGGGCCCGACCGGCUCGGGCGACUACUCGGAUUGCUUCCAUGUUUCGUUGGCGUGGAGCUUAACGGAGCCCGGGAAGGUGGAGGAGGAGCGUGUUGCGGGGUUGGAGUUGGGAGAUGUGCAGAGUAUGAGGGUUAGGUUUGAUAGUGUGAAGGUUAAGAUUGGGAAUCAUGUUGAGAGUGUUGCGCUUCCGGUGGACGUUUGA